ACAUUCACCAAAAGGAAAUUUGGACUGAUGAAGAAGGCCUAUGAGCUGAGUGUGCUCUGUGACUGUGAGAUUGCUCUCAUCAUCUUCAACAGUGCCAACCGCCUCUUCCAGUAUGCCAGCACAGACAUGGACCGUGUCCUCCUGAAAUACACAGAAUACAGUGAGCCCCAUGAGAGCCGCACCAACACUGACAUCCUUGAGACACUGAAACGGAGGGGUGUGGGCCUUGAUGGGCCAGAGCUGGAGCCAGAUGAGGGGCCUGAGGGGCCAGGAGAGAAGCUGCGGAGGAUGGCAGGUGAAGGGGGUGACCCAGCCUUGCCCCGGCCCCGGUUCUAUCCAGCAGCCCCUGCCAUGCCCAGCCCAGACAUGGUGUAUGGGGCCUUGCCCCCACCAGGCUGCGACUCCAGUGGGCUAGGGGAGGCCUUGCCCGCCCAGAGCCGCCCUUCUCCCUUCCGCCCAGCAGCCCCCAAAACUGGGGCCCCAGGCCUGGCACACCCUCUGUUCUCCCCAAGUCACCUCAGCAAGACACCACCCCCCCUGUACCUGGCAGCAGAUGGGCGAAGGCCAGACCUGCCUGGCAGCUUGACUGGGGCCCGAGGGGGACUGAGUUCUGCGAGAAACCUCUAUAGUAGCCUGCAGAGCCCUUGCUCCGCUGCAGCCCCAGGAACCCCUCUGGGGAACUUCCCUUUCCUCCCUGCAGGUCCCCCAGAAUACAGCCUGGGAGACCCUCCGCCGCCUCCUGGCUUAUUGCAGACCCCCAACCUGGCCCCAUGGCAGUCCUCUAGGGGAGACGGGCCCCCUGCCGCCCCCGCUCCGCCUAGUGGGGUCCGCAGUCUGGGCGAGGAGGGCCCCCCCACUCGCGACGCCUCCCCGCUGACCGCUCCAGUCAGCAUCAAGUCCGAGCGCCUCUCUCCAGCCCCUGGGGUCCUCGGCGACUUUCCCAAGACCUUCCCCUACCCACUGCUCCUCGCCCGGUCCCUCGCAGAGCCCUUGAGACCCGGGCCUUCCCUGCGCCGGCUGCCCUUGACCGACAGCUGGCCCCGGUAGUGGACACCAGGGUGGCACCGACGCAGCCCUCUCACCGGGCAGGGCGAGAGAAGAUGGGGACCCUUUGAUUCUUUUCCUAAAAGACCCAACAGCGACCGCCCCUCCUACGUGGGGGCCUGGAGGGGGGUGGCUGGAUUCGGAUUCACCCUGGGAGGGUGUCUCCUUUCCUCCUUUCUGAGUGUGUAUCCAUCAAUAAAAUAUGCGUGGCGU